AAUUUAGCCCAUGAGGAAAGAUUUCUCGGCCGAUUUCCUCCAUGAAGGCGUGCACUUUGCAGGGCCAAGCGAGCUAAGACAGAGCCAUAGGGUGAAGCAUCCGAUGAUGUGCUUGGCUGUGUGCUUGUUCUUCUGCCUGGCGUGCUGCCCCGCCUCGUAUUGUGCAGGAGCUGAAAUCUCUCUCAAUUUCUAUAUCUUCUGCUGUAUCCCUUGUGUCGAAUUUGUCCCAAAUUUGAAGUCUGAUCUGUCUGUCUAUACAAAAUGUCGUUCUUUAAGAAACUCACCAAGGAGUUCGACAGCCUAAAGGCAUCACUGGAGGACAAGCCGAAGAAGGAGGAAGCGAAGCCGGUCGAGCAGGCCACUCCAGCAGUCUCCCAACCCGCCACAUACGCUCCCCCAGCUACCAGCGAGCCUGCCCCUCCCGCUACCUAUGCUCCCCCAGCUGCCGCGCCAGCCCAAACCCCUGGUGCGCCUCCCCUACCCGCUGGCUGGAUCGCGCAGUGGGACCAACCCAGCCAACGCUGGUUCUACGUCGAGACCGCAACCGGCCGUACUCAGUGGGACAUACCAGCCGGAGCGCCCGUCGAUGCCACCAAAGGCCUAGAAGGACACGCUGCUCCACCGGCAGCGGCAGCGGUGCCACACGAGGAGGGUGUUAAAGCACCGGGUGAAGAAAAGAAGGAAGAGAAGAAGGAAGAAAAGAAGGAUAAAGACAAAGAUUUACAGAGCAAGGUGUUCAAGGGAAUCGAGGGGCUCCUGAAGAAGAAGACGAAGUCGAAGAAAAAGAGUACGAGUGGUGGUGGUGGUGAGAAAGGCGAGGGGGAGCGUGAAGGUAUGUGGCUCUUGCCAUAACUAAGGAAAUGUGCUAAUCCAAGACGAAUAGGGGAAGAAAAGGAAGAAGGAGAAGGUGGGGAGGAGGAAGAGGGCUCUGGUUCUGGCUCUGACUCUGACUCUGAAUGAGGAGGAAACUGCGGUCUACAUUUCGGACUUUUGGGGUUUGGAUACGGGGGCUGGAAGGUUGACUUUGAGAUGCAGAUACCUAGGUCGUUAGUCGUGUUUAGAUUAAAUCUCAUUGUAUCACUGAGCUUGCCCUCUUGGUCCC